AAAUUUAGUUCAGAUUUGUGUAGUAAGGACAGAAGGCCUACAGCCUAUGUUAUUCCUUUUCUAGUAUGAUUCUGUGAGUGUCCAGUCUUCUCUUGAAAGAGUCAAUUGAAGGACCUCAGUGAAGUAUAGAUCAUUUUGGUAGAUAGUAAGUUUUAUAAAAAUACGUAGCAGCCUACAACAAAAUGAUCGCAUCACCUUGCCGAACUCUUCACAGUCUGUUCAACAAAUAUUGUUUAUGCUUGGCUAUUUAUAUGUGUGAACCAUGGGAAAAGGUCAUACUACAUUGCAUCACACUGGCAAUAAUUUGUGCUCUUACAUAUACUACUGUUUUAAUUGUCCCUAGUCAACUAUCUACUCUUAUAAUAUUUGUAUGGAAAUGCCUGAAUGGAGAUACGCAUUGGCAUUCUAAACCUAUAAACAACAUUUUACAAUAGUGUUAAUCAUUUUCAAGUUCUUAAGUAUUUAAAACUAACUUUACCUUUUAAAAUAUUUUUCCGAAAACUGGUUUUCUCUGCGUUUAUUCUACUUCUGAAAAUGUUUGCACAAACCAUGUGUUUUUCACUAAUAAAAACGCCUGUGUAUUAGAAGCUGUGUAAUUAACUGUAUUGCCUUUCAAAUGGUAUUUAAAGCUCCAUUUUAGUUUGUUCUUUUUGUUUCUUGCGAAGUAACUACAAAGAACCUUUCACGUAUACAUACUUCAUAAAGCGGAUUAGAAAAUCAAGACGAAAACUAUUGGCUCACACGCAUUCGUUGCUGGAAAAUAAAAACGAGCAUUAUAGUCCCUGUAUGAACAUUUUUUUACACGUAC